GCCGCACAGUGUGUUUCCCCAGCCCGAGCGCACGCACGCACCCGCCCGCUCAUACUCUCAUACCCCGCCGAGCAGGAAACGAAACUGAGCCUCGGUCGACGCACCGUCACUUGGUCUGUGCAUGGAGCGGCAGGCCCGGCGCCGGUCUGGCCUAAUGGCACGUCCGAGGAGCGGAGCGGGGGAGACCGCACGCCGGCGGAGAGGACUCCCCGCAGCCCUCGCGCUCCUCGCGCUGCUCACCUGCUGCGUCAGGUGCGCGGAAGGUGCCAGACCGAGCAACAUCAUACUCAUCCUCGCCGACGACCAGGAUGUUCAGCUGGGGGGGAUGACCCCCAUGAAGAAAACAAAAGCCUUGAUAGGAGACGCAGGAGCAACAUUCGUGAAUGCUUUUACAGUCACGCCACUCUGCUGCCCCAGCAGGAGCAGCAUUUUGACGGGCCGGUACCCCCACAACCACGAGGUGAGGAACAACUCUCUGUCCGGGAACUGCUCCAGCCUUCUGUGGCAGAAAGGUCCCGAAUCCGCGGCCUUCCCCAUCUACCUCAGCAAACAGAAAUACCAGACGUUCUUCGCCGGGAAAUAUCUUAACCAGUAUGGUAAGGAAGACGCAGAAGACAUCUCCCACGUUCCUCCCGGCUGGGACCAGUGGCAUGCAUUGGUGGGGAACACACUGUACUACAACUACACACUGUCAGUCAACGGCAAAGAAGAAAAGCACGGAGACAGCUAUGAAAAGGACUACCUGACAGACCUCAUACUGAACCGGUCCCUUCACUUCCUGGAGGACAGGAGCCCUCAGCAUCCCUUCUUCCUGAUGUUGUCUCCUCCGGCUCCUCACUCGCCCUGGACGGCAGCACCUCAGUACCAGAAGGAGUUCAUCGACGUCAAAGCUCCUCGAGACGGGAGCUUUGACAAACCAGGGAAGGACAAACACUGGCUGCUGCGUCAACCUAUCAACCCCAUGCCAAAUAGCUCACUCACCUUCCUGGAUAAUGCUUACAGGAAAAGGUGGCAGACCCUGCUAUCUGUGGACGCCAUGGUGGAGACGCUGGUCAAGAAACUCGAAAGUAUGAAGGAGCUGGACAACACCUACAUCUUCUACACCUCAGACAACGGCUACCACACAGGUCAGUUCUCUCUGCCCAUUGAUAAGAGGCAGCUGUAUGAAUUUGACAUCAGGAUCCCGCUCAUGGUCCGCGGUCCAGGCAUCAAACCGAACCAGAUGCUGCAGGCUCCGGUAUUGAAUAUUGACCUGGCUCCGACCAUACUGGACAUAUCUGGUCUCAACCUGUCUUCAGUGAACGUGGACGGGCAGUCUUUCCUCAGUCAGAUGGCUCCCUCGCUGCGUAACGGCAGUGCGCGUCCCUUUUUCCUCAUUGAAUACACCGGAGAGGGACAUCCAAAGACGGAUCCCGCUUGCCCUAAAUUAGGCCCCGGACUAUCUCAAUGUUUCCCAGACUGCGUGUGUGAAGACGCCUACAACAACACCUACGCCUGCGUCAGGACCCUCGAGAGUGAACACAACCUACAGUACUGCGAGUUUGCAGACAGCGAGUCGUUUGUCGAGGUGUACAACCUGACGUCGGACCCCCACCAGCUGGAGAACAUCGUGAAGAAGGUGGAUCCGGCCCUCCUGCAGGUGAUGAACCAGCGGCUCAUCAAGCUUCAGUCCUGCAUGGGUGACAGCUGCCGCGACGUCAAGUAAAGAAGAGGCGACAGCACCACUGAGAGUUUACACACUCCAGGAAUCUGCCCGACACCCGCUACAUCAUACUCCUAGUGGAAGGUGGGGCUGGCUUUUCUGGUCAAAGGCAACUUUUACCACAAGUAUCAUAGUUUUCACAGGCCGUUUUCACAGUAGACGUUUUGACAUUGAGGAGGAAAGGCGCGGGUGUCCAGUAAUGAAAUAAAUGAUGGCUGAAUUCCAUUCAGUUGCUUCAGUUCCAGGGUCCUGGUGUUGUGCAUGCUGGCUCACUGUCACACCGCCAGGGCCUAGCGGAACUCAUAAAUAGAUCGGUGCCAUAGUGAAAGGAAAAGUUCGAUAUUUUAGGAGAUACGAUUAUUUUCUUUCUUGCCGCGACUUAGGUGAAAAUAUUGAUACGCCACUCUCACGCUUGAGCUGGCUAGUUUAGUUUCGUGUAAAGACUGGAAACAGUGAGCCUGGCUUUAUCCAAACGCAACGAAAUCCCCCAACGCCUCGAGGGCUCCGUAAUUACCGCGUAACAUCUUGUUUGUUUAAUCUGUACAAAAACUGAAGCUUAAAAGGACAGAUUGUGGUUUUACGAGCGUCUGUGUGCCAGACAUGGACUGUUUCCGUUUUUGUACAGACCCUCAACCAGGAAGUGAGUAAGCGUCAGUGAGUCAGUUAUUUUUCCUUUCAUUGUCAUUAGUAACAUCCUCUGCUUUUCUUUCUGUGACAAGUCAAAAUGUCUGCAGUGAAAACCUUUUUUUUUUUUUUUUUUUUUUUCCCUGAGCUGUGCUCAUGUCAUACGACCCGGUUUGAUGAGUUGUUAUAUUUUCUUUUGAGUUAAACUCCUUGUGCCAUUCAUCCUGUGCAGACUGGACUUACUCUACCAUCGUCAGUCGGUCACUGUGUUUCUGUGUACAAACUGCACUAUAAACUUAAUGUUCCUUAAAAUGUUUGGGGUUGACACUGCCAUCUGAACAUUUCACCAAUCACAGAAGCCUAAAACGCUGCCAGUAUUUCUAAAACGUGGACAUUUAUAGUCUUACAUAACCAAAGGUUUGCUGGUGCACCGUAGCUCUCUCUAACCCAAUCAUCUCUUUAAAGGAAUAGUCCAACAUUUUAGGAAAUGUGCUUGUUGGUUUUCUUGCAGUGUUGGAUUAGAAGAUUAAUUCAACUGUCAUGUCUUUCACUUUCAUAUAAAGCCACCUCCAACAGCUAGUUAGCUUAUCCUACCACAAACAUUAGUGGAAACGGGGGUGGGGGGGUGGCUACCGUGGCUCUGUUCAGAGGCAAUAAAAUCCACCCACCAGCACCUCUAAAGCUCACUUAAUUUACAUGCUAUGUCUUGUUUGUUUAAUUUGUACAAAGCUGAAGCGUGAAAAUGAAAAUUUGCAGUUUUACAGAUUCUCGCAGUUUGUGUGGGACUGUUUCUUGGCCGGGCCCAGGAGUCCCCACUGGUUACCUGGCAAGAAACAGCUUGGCACAAAACCCCCCCAUUAAAACCGCAGGUUAUCACUUUGACAUGUCAGUUUCUGAAAACGUUAUACAAACAAGAUAUAAUGAAUGAAUUAUUGAGCUUUAUAGCUGCUGGUGAGCAGAUUUUGUAAUGUGUGGACAGAGCCAGGCUAGCUAUCUUCCUGUUUCCAGGCUUUAUGCUAAGCUAGGCUAACCGGCUGCUGGCUCCAUCUACAUACCUGCCGUACAGAACUGAGAGUUCCUAUUUAACUUUCUGAGGAGAUUUUUUGCAAAAUGUCAAACUAUUCCCUUAAAUUACACCUACUGCAGUUUUUUUUUUUUUUAACAUCUUUUUGAACUCAUGCUCAUAAUUUUUAUCUCUGCUGCACUUUCGAUGAAAGAACUUAGGACAAACAGUCUUUGAUGAAUGGACAGUUUUGUGCCUCAGAUUUACAGAAUGGACACAACGUUUUAAAAUUUUAAUCCUGAUGUUUGGUUGUGACGAUAUUUUAGACUGAGUGUUAAAGAUUUUUUUAAGGAGCCUUGUGGAGGAUGGAAGAGGUGCUCCAUGUGUUUCUGUGAGGAAUCCGUCAAGGGAAAUUUCACGUGGUAACAUUUGAAAUGAAUGCUUUAAUCCCAUGUGCCUUGUUAUUUGCACUGACAAGGCGUGUGCGCCUUAAAUGUGAAUGUAUUUGCACUGUGAUGAAACUGAUAAACUAAAAAUAAACGAAA